GAUCCCGCCGCUCGCGUAGCGCGGCCGCCCGGGCGCUCGCUGAGGGGAGGAGAGGAGGAGGAGAAGAGGCGCCCGCCCAGGCUCCGCCGCCGCCGCCGCCAUGAGCGUGGAGGCGUACGGCCCCAGCUCGCAGACCCUCACCUUCCUGGACACCGAGGAGGCCGAGCUGCUCGGCGCCGACACUCAGGGCUCCGAGUUCGAGUUCACCGACUUCACCCUCCCCAGCCAGACCCAGACGCCGCCGGGGCCCGGCCAGGCGGGGCCGCAGCAAGGCCAAGGCCCCCCCGGCGCGGGGCAGGGCCCGCCGGGGCCGCUGGAAGCGCAGGUGAAUGGGCCCGAUGGGAUCCUGCAGAACGGGGCUGUGGAUGAGAACGUGGCCAAGACCAGCCAGCUCCUGGCAGAGCUCAACUUUGAGGAGGAUGAGGAAGACACCUACUACACCAAGGAUCUCCCUGUGCAUGCCUGCAGUUACUGUGGGAUCCACGACCCUGCCUGUGUGGUUUACUGCAACACCAGCAAGAAGUGGUUCUGUAACGGGCGUGGGAACACCUCGGGCAGCCACAUUGUGAACCACCUGGUGAGAGCCAAGUGCAAAGAGGUGACUCUCCACAAGGAUGGACCUCUGGGGGAGACUGUCCUGGAGUGCUACAACUGCGGCUGUCGGAACGUGUUCCUCCUGGGCUUCAUCCCAGCCAAGGCAGACUCCGUGGUGGUUCUGCUGUGCAGGCAGCCCUGUGCCAGCCAGAGCAGCCUGAAGGACAUCAACUGGGACAGUUCCCAGUGGCAGCCCCUGAUCCAGGAUCGCUGCUUCCUCUCCUGGCUGGUGAAGAUCCCGUCGGAGCAGGAGCAGCUCCGCGCCCGCCAGAUCACGGCCCAGCAGAUCAACAAGCUGGAGGAGCUCUGGAAGGAAAAUCCAUCUGCAACCCUGGAGGACUUGGAAAAGCCUGGUGUGGAUGAAGAACCACAGCAUGUCCUGCUUAGAUACGAAGAUGCUUAUCAAUACCAAAAUAUAUUCGGUCCUCUAGUCAAGCUUGAGGCAGAUUAUGACAAGAAACUCAAGGAAUCUCAGACCCAAGAUAACAUCACAGUCAGAUGGGACCUGGGCUUGAACAAGAAGAGAAUUGCUUAUUUCACUUUGCCAAAGACUGACUCAGACAUGAGGCUCAUGCAAGGAGAUGAGAUCUGCCUGAGGUACAAAGGAGACCUGGCCCCGCUGUGGAAAGGAAUUGGUCACGUUAUCAAAGUUCCUGAUAGUUCUACAGAUUAUGGUGAUGAGAUUGCCAUCGAGCUGAGGAGCAGCGUGGGAGCCCCUGUGGAAGUUACCCACAACUUCCAAGUGGAUUUUGUAUGGAAAUCCACUUCCUUUGACAGGAUGCAGAGUGCUCUCAAAACCUUUGCUGUGGAUGAGACCUCAGUGUCUGGGUACAUCUAUCACAAGCUGCUGGGCCACGAGGUGGAAGAUGUGAUUAUUAAAUGCCAGUUGCCAAAGCGCUUCACAGCACAAGGACUUCCUGAUCUCAACCACUCUCAGGUUUAUGCUGUGAAAACCGUCCUGCAGCGUCCUCUGAGCCUUAUUCAGGGUCCCCCUGGCACUGGGAAGACAGUGACAUCAGCCACCAUCGUGUAUCAUCUGGCCAGACAGGGCAACGGGCCCGUGCUGGUGUGUGCCCCCAGUAACAUCGCCGUGGACCAGCUCACCGAGAAGAUCCACCAGACCGGGCUGAAGGUGGUGCGUCUGUGUGCCAAGAGCAGGGAGGCCAUCGACUCCCCCGUGUCCUUCCUGGCCCUGCACAACCAGAUCAGGAACAUGGACAGCAUGCCAGAGCUUCAGAAACUGCAGCAGCUCAAAGAUGAGACUGGAGAGCUCUCAUCUGCCGACGAGAAGCGUUACCGGGCGCUCAAACGAACCGCGGAGCGGGAGCUGCUCAUGAACGCGGAUGUGAUCUGCUGCACCUGCGUGGGCGCCGGGGAUCCCAGGCUGGCCAAGAUGCAGUUCCGCUCCAUCCUCAUCGAUGAGAGCACCCAGGCCACCGAGCCCGAGUGCAUGGUGCCCGUUGUGCUGGGAGCAAAGCAGCUCAUUCUGGUGGGUGACCACUGCCAGCUGGGGCCCGUGGUGAUGUGCAAGAAAGCUGCCAAGGCUGGGCUGUCCCAGUCCCUGUUUGAGAGGCUGGUGGUGCUGGGGAUCCGGCCCAUCCGGCUCCAGGUGCAGUACCGGAUGCAUCCCGCCCUCAGCGCCUUCCCUUCCAACAUCUUCUACGAGGGCUCGCUCCAGAACGGGGUCACUGCAGCCGACCGUGUGAAGAAAGGCUUUGACUUCCAGUGGCCACAGCCUGACAAACCAAUGUUCUUCUACGUCACCCAAGGACAGGAGGAGAUUGCCAGCUCAGGCACCUCUUACUUAAACAGGACGGAAGCUGCCAACGUGGAGAAAAUCACCACGAAGCUGCUGAAGGCUGGUGCCAAACCAGACCAGAUUGGCAUCAUCACUCCUUACGAAGGGCAGCGCUCCUACCUGGUGCAGUACAUGCAGUUCAGUGGCUCCCUGCACACCAAGCUCUACCAGGAAGUGGAAAUUGCGAGUGUGGAUGCCUUCCAGGGCAGGGAGAAGGACUUUAUUAUCCUUUCCUGUGUGAGGGCCAACGAACACCAGGGAAUUGGGUUCCUCAAUGACCCCAGGAGGCUCAACGUGGCCCUUACCAGGGCGAGGUAUGGAGUAAUUAUUGUGGGGAAUCCCAAAGCCCUGUCUAAGCAGCCACUCUGGAAUCACCUCCUGAAUUACUACAAGGAGCAGAAGGUGCUGGUGGAGGGACCACUGAACAACCUCCGGGAGAGCCUCAUGCAGUUCAGCAAACCCCGCAAGCUCGUCAACACCAUCAACCCCGGUGCCCGUUUCAUGACCACUGCCAUGUAUGAUGCACGUGAGGCCAUUAUUCCAGGAUCUGUCUAUGACAGGAGCAGUCAAGGGCGCCCAUCCAACAUGUACUUCCAAACCCACGACCAGAUUGGGAUGAUCAGUGCUGGCCCCAGCCACGUCACUGCCAUGAACAUUCCCAUCCCCUUCAACCUGGUGAUGCCCCCGAUGCCACCCCCGGGAUACUUCGGCCAGGCCAACGGACCCGCCGCAGGACGUGGGGCUCCCAAAGGAAAGACCGGUCGUGGCGGGCGCCAGAAAAACCGUUUUGGGAUUCCCGGGACGAGUCAGUCCAACCUUCCCAACAGCCAAGCGAGCCAAGAUGUGGUGUCCCAGCCUUUCUCCCAGGGCCCCCUGACUCAGGGCUAUAUCUCCAUGAGUCAGCCUUCACAGAUGAGUCAGCCUGGGCUCUCCCAACCAGAAUUAUCCCAGGACAGUUACCUUGGUGAUGAGUUUAAAUCCCAGAUUGACGUGGCGCUGUCACAGGACUCAACUUACCAGGGUGAACGUGCAUAUCAACAUGGUGGAGUGACGGGACUGUCACAGUAUUAGAGUGUUGAGGAAGAAGAGCUAAGCUUGCGUGGAGCUUAGUUCAUCAGCAUUUUAUUCUGGGUAAUAAAAAAAAUAAAAUAAAAUGGAUACCUGUUUUCCACUGCUAAAACUGAAGCACCACUGUGUGAGAGCAACAGGAGAAAGAAACCAACCAACGGAGAGAGAGAGAGAGAGAGAAAGAGAGAGAGAGAGAAAGAAAGGAGCGCGCGAGAGAGCCCACUGCUAUAGCUCACUGAGACAAGGAGACCGCGGAGGAGAGAGAGCCCUGACGGACCUGCUGGCGCCUCGCUGGGAAGGAACUCACCCCAAAAUGAGUGGUCAGCCGAGUCCCUGCUCCCCCAGUCACCCCCACGCUCGAGAGAAGGGCCUUAAAAAAAAAACAAAAAAAAAGCAGGUUUCACUUCAUUCCAUCCUUCUCUGUGCGAGCAGGGCAUUGCUACUACUUUUCAGAGCAGACGGGGGAGAGGAAAACCCUCAUCUCAGAGUUGGUCUCGUUUCUAAGGGGUACUAUAUUUUAGCAGUAACUGUUUACAUUUUAGAAGCAGAGUAUCUGAGAGAAAAAGAGAGAGAGAGAGAGAGGGAGGGAGGGAGAGUCCCUGACUCGGUGACAGCAAAGCCAAGCAGAAAUCCAGCGGGAUCCAGCUGAUGCUCAACUCUGAGAUGCAGGUUUUGUUGUCCAACACUGGCUCUGAAAUCUUAGUUGUCAUCGUGUCGCCCACAUUCUGAACGGGUCUUUCGUGACGAGGUGGUUUUAAAAAGAGAUCCUUUCAAAAAAAGGAGCACUGAGUUGUUUUUUUUUUGUUUGUUGUUUUGGUUUUUUUGUUUUGUUUUUCUUUUUUUUUUUUUUUAAGAAAAGAAGUUUGUCUCUGAAUUCUUAGUGGUGGACCUGGGAGAUCCUUGUUCUGAGAAGCUUAUAUAUAAAAAAAAAAAAGAAAAAAAAAACAAAAACAAAACAAAACAAAAAAAAUAUAUUGUUUCAAACAAAACUUAAAUUAGAGCACCAAACCUUGAGAACUUUUUCAGUGUGAUUUAAAGUUGCAGCAAUCAGCCUCUUCUUCCUACAUUGGAUAGCAGUUAGAGUGAGAGGAGCCUGCGCGCUCGGGCAGGAGGAGGGUUUCAAAGUGUUUUCUGUCUGCUUUAAUUGGCUACUGUCUGGACUCUACUCUGUGAAAAAACAAGCCUUUCUGUCAGAUGAACUUCGUGCUUGAUAAGGGGAUUGGGUUCCUGUGCCCUUCGGCCCCUGGAGGGAAGAUGCAAAACCAAAACAGCCCCUGCUUUGGCCGCCGCAGAUGUGGGGAGAAGGAGCGGAACCCGGGGAUUAUUUUGGUGCGGAAGGAAAGACUCCACGGCUCCAGGUGGGACUCCUGGACAAAGCAGGCAGUUGGUGGAAGGUGGCCUCUGAGGAGCUGGGUUUAAUUAGAGAUAAUGGGUCAGGCUUUGGCGUGGCUUCUUCGGUGAGGAGAGCAGGGAGGUGCCAGAGCCAGGUGUUGUUGGCAGAGCAAACCCGGAGCAGCUUUUUUUCAGGUAGUGGCCACGGCCGUGCCAUCCAUGCUGGCUGAUGAGUCAGGGCUGAGAACAGCACAUUAAAGAGAAGCCAUCCAAUUUCUAAGUUGUACCCAUGUCUUAACGAGUCGUAUGGGAACACUGGGAGCGUUUCAUUUCUGUCUAAACCUUUCUAGAAGCAGCGGAGAAGCGACAAUUCCUGCAGAGCCCCCUUUUUACCAGAUCCCCGAAUCAGACUGACCUCUACCUCCCAAUUGGCCAAGAACAGUAGAGAGUGAUCCGCUAACCUGGGUGUUUUUCAAGUUGGAGAUAAGUUAGCUUUAUACUCAAAAGGGCUCCAAGUGUUUCUAGUCUUUUUUUUGGGGGGGGAGAACUCAAAAAUACCUCUCAUAUGAAUGUACUUCGACGCCGUGAAACCCCCACUUUUUGUACCUGGGGGGGGGGGCAGCCCUUCCAUUCCUGUCCUUUCCGUGGGUUGUUGCCCCUGCUUCCACAACCUGUUCUUGCUGUAGUUUCCCCAGGGUGUCUCCCCCCACCCAGUGCAGCCCCCCCAGUACCCCAGGACACAGAUUCACCCCUUGCCUUCGGUCCCGACCGGAGCCCGAGAACUGCAAAAAAACCAAACCCACAACCCCAUUCUUUUCUCAUCAAAAGCCUCCAGAGUUUAGACUUCUAAAAAAACAAAA